CCCAUCUCUAACUUUGGAAAAACCCUUGUCUUGGUUUCGAAAACCUGAGCAUCUUCAUUCUUGAGAGAGCAAAUCGAAGAGGUUGGAGGAGAGAGAAAAUGGGGAGAAGAAUACUAAACGAUGCACUUCGAACGAUAGUGAACGCCGAGAAGAGAAACAAAGCAUCCGCUGAACUUAAACCCAUUUCUACUGUCAUCUGUUCUUUUCUCCACAUCAUGAAAAAUCGAGGAUAUAUCAAGGAUUUUCAAGUUCACGAUCCACAUAGAGUUGGUAGGGUAACUGUAGAACUUCUAGGACGCGUGAAUGACUGCAAAGCUCUCACUUAUAGACAGGACUUGAAAGCAAGGGAUAUUGAACAAUACAGAUUGCAAACUCUUCCAACACGACAGUGGGGCUAUGUUGUGAUUACAACUCCAAAUGGUGUCCUUGAUCAUGAAGAGGCCAUCAAACAAAAAGUUGGCGGUCAAGUUCUUGGUUAUUUUCAUUGAUCACAAAUUACGUUUGCCUUCUGUUGUCAAAUAGAUGGGUGGAAAUGAUUUUGCGUGUGAAAUUGUAUCCUGUUUUCAUCAAAAGAGCAUGGGACAAAAUUUCGAACUGUUUAAAUCACAUCAUUUCGUGUUUGAAGGUACAAUAAACUACAAUAUAAAUUUCAUGUAUUUUUCA